AUGACAGUGACUGAAACCCUGUGGAACUUGAAGAUCUUAGUCUUGCUUCACUGGCUUGGGGUAUUCCUGUUCUGUUCUGGACACACAGAGGAUGAGCACCCUCGUUAUCACAACCCCCCAGAGGUGGUAAUACCCUUGAAGGUGACUGGCACUGCCAGAGGCAAGAAGACACCUGGCUGGCUCUCCUAUAGCCUGCACUUUGGGGGCCAGGAGCACAUCAUCCACCUGAGAGUCAAGAGGAUUCUGCUGUCUCCACACCUGUCUGUGUUCACCUACACGGACCAGGGUGCUGUCCUCGAGGACCAGCCUUUUGUCCAGAACGACUGCUACUAUCACGGUCAUGUGGAGGGGGACCCAGAAUCUCUGGUUGCUCUCAGCACCUGUUUUGGGGGCUUUCAGGGAAUAUUACAGAUAAGUGACAUUGUUUAUGAAAUCAAGCCCAUGAUGUUUUCUACCACAUUUGAACAUUUGGUCUAUAUAGUUGAUGGCAAGGAGGCACAAUUUCCAACGGUAAGAUCUGGACUCAUGAAAAAUGAAAUCAGCUGCCAUAUACAAUUUCAGGAAACUAAUGAAUCUUCCCGGUAUCCAACUUCUUAUGAGGGCUGGUGGGUUCACAUUAGGAUCAUUGAAUUUGUGAUAGUGGCCGAUUCUUAUUUAUACAAACGCUAUGAAAGAAAUGAGUCAAAGUUGAUGGAAGAUCUCUAUGUCCUCAACAAUAUAGUGAAUUCCAUCCACUUAGUCAUUGGCAAUCGGAUUUUACUAGUGAAUCUGGAGAUCUGGACAGAAAAGAAUCCCUUUGUCGUAGAUGAUCCCAACUUCUCUGCCCCCAGGUUUUGCCAGUGGAAAUGGACGACCAUUUAUGCCGAGCUACGACACGACAUUGCACAUCUCUUCAUGAAUCGGGAAUUGAGAGGGUUAUCAGGCUCAGGCUUAACCAGAGGAUCGUGUACAGGACUGCGUAACUGUGCUAUUAUCACUUUUUGGAACAAAACCCUGGGCAGAUCCGCAAUUGCGACAGCUCACCACCUGGGCCACAACGUGGGCAUGCCUCAUGACAGACCCACGUGUAAGUGCGCGCACCCCAAGUGUAUCAUGCAUGAGCACAACCCACCCACGACGAAAUUCAGCAACUGCAGCUAUGACUACUUUUACCAGUACACGGUGCAGAAAACAAAGUGUUUGCUGGAACACUUCCACACGAAAGACAUAUUCAACCUGAAGCGGUGCGGGAACGGCGUGGUGGAAGGAGAAGAACAGUGUGACUGUGGCGUUUUGAAGCACUGUGCCAAAGACCCCUGCUGCAUGCCUGACUGCACCCUGACCCAAGGUUCGGCCUGCGCCUACGGGCUCUGCUGCAAAAACUGCCAGUUUCUGCCAUCAGGGGAGCUGUGCCGAAAGGAGGUCAACCAGUGCGACCUUCCCGAGUGGUGCAACGGCACCUCCCACAAGUGUCCUGAUGACGUGUACGUGGAAGAUGGGAUCCCCUGCAACGACAGGUCUUACUGUUACGAAAAGCGGUGCAAUGACCGUGACCAACACUGCCAGCAAAUUUUUGGCAAAGAUGCCAAGAACGCCAUCCAGUCCUGCUAUAAACGUGUGAACACCCAGGGUACCCGAGUCGGCCACUGCGGUAUCAAAGGCUCCACUUACGUAAAAUGCGGCAAGUUGGACAUCCUGUGCGGGAGACUUCAGUGUGAGAACGUGAAAGAGCUCCCCUCUCUGAGCGACCACACAACCGUGUAUUUGUCUAACUUCAGUGACGCCACGUGCUGGGGCACUGACUACCACAUUGGGAUGACCAUACCGGACAUUGGGGAUGUGAAAGACGGCACAGAAUGUGGCCAGGAUCAUAUGUGCAUCAAGCAGCAUUGUGUCCACAUAGCCUUCCUGGACAGCAAUUGCUCACCUGAGCUCUGUAACAUGAGAGGCAUCUGUAACAAUAAACAUCAUUGCCACUGCAACUACCUAUGGGACCCUCCCCACUGUGUGAUGAAAGGCUAUGGAGGCAGUGUUGACAGUGGCCCUCCACCUAAGACAGAGAGGAAAAAGAAGUUUUGUUUCCCGUGUCUACUGGUGCUUCUCAUCUUGCUUAUUUUGUUAUGUUGCCUUUGUUUCAUGCUUUGCAGGAAAAAAUCAAAGAAGAAAGAGAUAAAGGCGCCAUCCGUGGUCAGUCAAGGAGAGAAAACAAUGCCAAGUGCUCCACCCAGCAGGGCGCCAUCCGUGGUCAGUCAGGGAGAGAAAAAUGUACUAAGUGCUCCACCCAGCAGGGCGCCAUCCGUGGUCAGUCAAGAAGGGAAACCAAAGCAGCCUCAGAAAGAAAAGGAAAAACUGCAGAGGCCACCCAGCAGGGCGCCUUCUACCCAGAGCCAAGGUUCCACAAAAAUGUCCCCUGCACCAAUUCCCAAAACUGGAUCCAAAAAAGGCCAUUAA